CAGGCGCACGAUCCUCUUUGCGCUAAGGGCUUUCGCAAGUCUACCAGCUCGACAAAACCCCCGUGCGCAGCUAGUAGUAGCGAAGAACGCUAAUGGCGGACGAAAUAUAGAGUUGAAACGGUGAAAGGAAACUGGCAGCAGAUGACUAUUGAAUGGCAAGGAAGUUGUCUUUAAUAGACCACCUGCUUCGCUUCAGAAUCUCUCAGUUUACAAACAUAAAUCCCUCGAAGCCAUUUUCCUAUUUUUCGACUCUUUCUUCUCCAGAUUUAAUCGAUACUUCUAGUAAUUAUUGUAAAGAAGAGGAAAAUUGUCUGUACUUUCUGAAUUCUUGUCGAAGUUUGAGUCAAUCGUUCCAAAUCCUAGCCAAUUCAAUAACAUCGGGUCUCUUCAGAAAACCUUCUUUUUAUGGGAGGAUUUUGAAACUGUUUUCUACUAUAUCUGAUGAUAUAGAUUAUGUAAUGUUGAUUUUCAAGCGUAUUGAGGUUCCCGAUACUUUCUGUGUCAACACUGUUAUCAAGGCCUAUUCUUGCAGCUUUCUGCCUUAUAAAGCUGUGGGCUUGUAUUUUGAAAUGCUCCAGCGUGGUAACCUUUUUCCUAACAGUUUCACUUACCCACCUCUUUUCAGUGCUUGUGCUAAAAUGGGUUGUUUGAGCUUGGGUCAGAAGUGUCACGGGCAAGCUCUGAAAUUUGGUGUUGAUGGAGUUUUGCCUGUGCAGAAUUCUUUGAUUCAUUUGUAUGCUUGUUGUGGGCACAUGGGAAUUGCUGAGAAAGUGUAUGUUGAGAUGCCUGUGAGGGACUUGGUGUCCUGGAACACAAUUGUUGAUGGGUUCGCUAAGGUUGGGGAGAUGGGUCGAGCGCAUCACGUGUUUGAUGCAAUGCCUGAGAGGAAUGUGGUUUCUUGGAAUGUAAUGAUCACAGGUUAUUUGAAUUUUGGAAACCCCGGCAAUGCACUGAAGUUGUUUCGGGAAAUGGCGAGGAUAAGAUUUAGCUGCAAUGAUACAACGUUGGUGAGUGUGCUUACGGCUUGUGGGAGGUCUAAUAGACUGAAGGAAGGAAGAUCAGUUCAUGCAGUUCUUGUUAGGAUAUUUUUGAAUUUGAGUUUGAUUAUAGAUACAGCUAUGAUUAAUAUGUAUGGUAAGGGUGGAAGGGUGGAUGUAGCUCGAAUAAUUUUUGAUAGGAUGUUGAUCAAGAACUUGGUGUGUUGGAAUGCAAUGAUAUUGGGGUACUGCAUUCACGGGAAUCCAGUUGAUGGGAUCAGUUUAUACACAGAAAUGGUUGACAAAACCAGAGUACUUGGGGAUUCAAAUGUAAAUACCAAUAAGAACAUAAAGUUAAAUGAGCGGGAUAAAAUUAUCCCGGAUGAGGUUACCUUUAUUGGCAUUUUAUGUGCCUGCGCCCGGAAAGGAAUGUUGGUAGAGGGGAGAAAAUACUUCUCCCAGAUGGUUGAUGUGUUUCAUGUGAAGCCCAAUUUUGCACAUUACUGGUGCAUGGCUAAUCUUAUGGCCAAUGUUGGUCUAGUGCAAGAGGCAGUGAAUAUCUUAAGGAACAUACCAGUUGACAAGGAUGUGUCUCCAGAAUCCUCAUUGUGGGCAGGAUUGCUUGGGUCAUCUCGAUUUCAGGGGGAUCUGAUCUUAGGGGAACAAAUUGCUAAAGAAUUAAUUGAGCAAGAUCCCCAGAAAUUUUCAUAUUACAUGUUGCUGGUUAAUAUUUAUGCCGUAGCUGGUAAAUGGGAAGAAGUUUCUAGGAUAAGGGAUAUGAUGAAGGAGCGAGGAAUUAAGAGAGUGCCAGGUUCUACCCUGGAGGAUUUGAAGGAUGUAGUUCAUACCAUUAAAUUAGGAGAUAGAUAUCAACAGAUUACACAGAUGGCAUUGAUGAAGUGAUCCAUAGACUCUGAUUAUUGUCCACGACCACAGCACAUUAGGAUGUGGGGAAUUAGCAGAUUAAAAUGAAGGUUGUCUGUGGAUAGAAGUAUCGUGGUAAAUCAAAGCGACAGGCUUCUCUCUUGGAAUGCCAUGCUUUUGAACUUUCUAAAUCCUAGUGAUGAUCACCAUGGACAGGGCAAAUGAGGGCUGAUAAUGCCUGCUGAUAUCCAUUUUUCUCUCUCUUUCUCAAUCAUUUCAUGUGAUUUGAUGGUGAUAUUAGAAUAGAAACCAAUGGAUUAAGGAUAUCUCUAGGAUGUCUUGUAAGUUGUCAACUGAAGUAACAAAAAGUUCUCUAGUCCUGUGUGGGAUGCCUCAGGAAAUUGUGUAGACAUACUACUACAAUUUUAGAGGAAAAAAGACACAAAAAUGGAGUAGGAGAAUCAGAAGCACCAAACCACAUUGAUGGUGGAGAAUCAGAAGCACCAAACCACAUUGAUGGAUACGUGUCUUUUAUUCCACAGAGAUGGAAAAUUAAGAAUUACAAGUUAAUCACAAUUUUUGCU